AUCCUACCCGUUCGAUCUCCCAAACUUCAUACCAUCAACCGUGCGUCCUAUCCAUGAAUCCAGACCACAAAGCUUCCUCUCCAGCGAAAUACAAAGGAAUGAAGAGGGACUAAAACACCAUCAUCAGGCAGUUCUGAUCCCUCGCCGGAACUCAUCGGUCGGUUGGUCGGAAAGAUGGCGACGGUCACAACUCAGGCUUCGGCUGCCGUCUUCCGGCCCCAGGCAUCAAAAGCCAGGUUUCUCACAGGCUCUUCCGGCAAACUCGCCCGAGACUUCGCCACCAAAACAGCACGCUCCAAGACCACCACCUCACUCAAGGUGGAGGCAAAGAAGGGCGAGUGGCUCCCGGGCCUGCCUUCACCUGCCUACCUAAAUGGCAGCCUCCCCGGGGACAAUGGAUUCGACCCACUUGGACUAGCUGAGGAUCCAGAGAACCUGAAGUGGUACGUGCAGGCGGAGCUCGUCAAUAGCCGGUGGGCGAUGCUGGGCGUCGUCGGGAUGCUCCUCCCGGAGGUCUUCACGAAGAUCGGGAUCAUCAACGUGCCCAAGUGGUAUGACGCCGGCAAGGCUGAAUACUUCGCAUCAUCUUCCACCCUCUUCGUGAUCGAAUUCAUCCUGUUCCACUACGUGGAGAUCAGAAGGUGGCAGGACAUCAAGAACCCAGGCUGCGUCAACCAGGACCCCAUCUUCAAGAACUACAGCUUGCCACCCAAUGAGGUAGGCUAUCCUGGGGGCAUAAUCUUCAACCCCCUCAACUUCGACCCCACGGUUGAGGCCAAGGAGAAGGAGCUCGCAAAUGGGAGAUUGGCGAUGCUGGCGUUCCUGGGGUUUAUUAUUCAGCACAAUGUUACUGGUCAAGGUCCCUUUGACAACCUCCUGCAACACCUUUCUGACCCAUGGCACAACACCAUUAUUCAAACACUCCGGGGCUAGGUUCUUGUCUUGUGUAACAGAAGGGUAAGAUGGCCUUUUUGAGUCAGAAGGGCCACUAUGUAAAACAAAAGAAAAAAAAAACUGCCAUGUACAGGGGAUAUUGAAUAUUAUUGUAAUGCCAUCUACAUCUUCUUCUCUAUUUUCA